GAUCGUUGUCAACUCUAAAGUCAAACCAAUGGAUAUUCGUAUUAUGAUUUCAUAUAGUUAGUUCCAUGCAUACAAUGACUGUGUUCCAAUACUAGAGAUCUAUUGAAACAAAUUGCUUUAUUAUUUACAAGUUAAAGACUACAAGUUUGCAAGAGGAAAAUGAUGACUUCUUUGUUGAUUGUUCUAUGCUACUGUCUUCUUUGUACAGCUCAAAAUAUCUACAGAAAUACUCAAAGCAAAAGCCCAUUUCAAGCUCCGGCUGUAGACGAAACUCGUUGGAAGCAGCCCGAGGAAAAAGAAACUGUUGAUACUACUGUUGUACCAAGUGUUCCUCCUGUUACCAAACAAGAAACAGUUGCCUUGGUCAAAGAUCGCAGUCCUUUUAGUCCACCAGUGAAAUCCGAGUGGCACAAAACAGAUGACUUAAAGCCUGGAGUGUCGCAGCCAUCAGCAUGGCUGUCUUCCUUACAAGCUCGCCAGUCCCAUAACACAGACUUGAUACCUGCUAUUUCAAACAUUGAUUUAAAUCAAGAACAUCACAAAGCCAAACUUCACAUCAAUUUAAAAAACGAGGAAACCAAAAGACCAAAAGCUCGAUCAAAACGACCAAAAAUAAGUGUGUACCAGCACAGGGACAUGCACGACACUGUACCUGGUGUAACUCCGUGGACAAGAUACACUGACAAACCUAAAGUCUCAGAAGAAAAUACUUGGUCAAGAGGACAAGUUAAUGCCCAGUGUGGUUAUCAAAGUUAUUCACCCAGAACACAAAUCUGUUGUCAAGGACAAGUAUUACGAAGACAAGGUAUUCAGCCAUCUUGUUGCGGAACUCAAACCUAUGAUAAUGUCUUCAAUAAAUGUUGCAAUGGAAUAGUAUCGUUCAAGUCAGCACAAGAUCAGAAUUGCUAAUCAGAAAAAUUAAAUAAUAUUUAAUUUGAAACAAGUUGUAUUAAAACAUCUAUGUCAU